AGCGGAGACGUUGCGAAGUUUGCAGAAUUUUUGUUUCAAAAGCACAUUUGGGACUUAAAACAAAAGUAAUAUAACUUAUCUCGUCGGUACUGUUAUUAAAGAUCAAUAAGCGAUUCUUUGCGCCCGGCACUUCGUUAAAAUGUAGACGUAAAACUGUAAGGUCACUUUCAGCUGCCAGUUUAUCGCCCUAAGGCUCUCUUCCUCGUUGCCACGCUCGCGCGAGAACAGGCUGGAGCAAAGCGGCGGCCGUCCCCGGAUCGUGUUGCUGCUUCGUCCGCUGCCGCAUCCGCCAGGAGGAGGCCAUGGACGCCGAGUACAUGCCAAGUGUUUGGGGUGUCCGCCUCCGCGGCGAUGAACUCAUCUUAGACUACUGCCAAAAAGCCAUGGAUAACAGCACCAUCACCCGUCAAGAACUCCCGUGCGAACUAGGCCUAAGGUACGGCCCGCAUCCCCGCGAAACGAUGGAUGUGUACGGCUACGGCCGAGUCCCCGAAAACGCCCCCAUUCUCGUCUUCUUCCACGGCGGCUACUGGAUCGAAGGGGACAAGGACAUGCACGCCUUCGUCGCCAAACCUUUCGUCGAAUCCGGCUUGGCCGUCGUGGUCGCUGGAUAUCCGCUCGCUCCUGAAAGUACCUUAGACCAGAUCGUGGAAUCUGCGAGACUCUGCAUGACCUGUGUCAUCAAGAUGUCAAAGCAGAAGAACUCGGCCGGAAUCAUCAUCAGCGGCCAUUCGGCGGGAGCGCACCUGGCCGCCAUGGUACUAUCUUCCCAGUCUUGGACAUCGAGAUCUGAGAACCUCGCGUGCAUCAAGGGUGCCGUGCUGUUUUCUAGCGUCCUGGACGUAAAGCCGCUACUCAGCACAUCGGUCGCCAAGGAUGCCGCCAUCACGGUGGACCAAGCGGAGAUCAAUAGUCCUCUUGAAGUCGUGAACCUCUUUCCUCGGGACGUUUUCGUGCAACUUGUCCUUGCCGAGCAUGACCCGCCGCCGUUCCACCGACAGACUAAACGGUACAUGGAGGCUUUACGGGAUCGCGGUAUAAAGUGCGAGUUGGUGGUCUACAAUGACGAGGACCAUUUUUCUUUUUUUCCGAGGCUCAUGGAUAAAGAAGACGAGGUGACUGGCCAGAUAAUCAAGAAUGUUCUUAGAGAAACUGGGACGGCUUGACCCUCUAGAUUUGCUCCCGUUAAAAGCCCUAAAUAUAUAUGCAUAUCCGUCUAGAGGUGUAAUGAAGCGAAGCCGCUAAACUGACCUUCGUGCUGUAAUCGCUUCGAAUGCUGAAAGCUUUUUAAUACCUUCUAAUCUCCAGCGUGUUUGCGUUUUUGUCGGUAGAUAAAUAUUAAAAAAGAAAGAAACUCUUGGGGAGACUCGGAAACGCAGAAUUUUUCUAACCUUCGAUCUACACCUCGUUAUGAAAAUAGUAGAUAAAUGUUUUAUUUUAAUUUAAUAUUUCGAACAUUUUGUUUUCGCUCAUUGAUCCUUUUAAUAAAAAAAAAAUUACACCAUC